GGCGGGGCGGGCCGGGCCCGUUCGCAUCCCCCCAUCCCCGCCCGGAGCCGCCGGGCUGUGCAGCGCUCCCGGGCACCGCCAGCCGGAGCCGCCGAAGCGGCCGAUGGCACCGCGCUGCUGCAGCCAAGGAGAAAGGUGCUGACCAGAUGCCCUGAAGCUCUGGGGCUGGCUUCUCACAGGCUCAGUGGUGUGAUGGCAGCAGUGGGAGAGCCUCUGGUGGUCCUGGCCGUGCCGACGUGACCGAGCGCUCUCUGGGACCUGUGGCACCGAGCCUGGCACGGAGGCAGCGGCUGGUGCCGCGUCCCUGCUGCCUAAAGAUGAGUGAUGGCACGUGGAUCUCGCUCAGCCCCACUGAGUUUGCCCAGCUCCAGCAGUACACGGACUACUCCACCAAGAAGCUCAAGGAUGUUCUGGAGGAGUUCAAUGGGGACGGCGUCCUCUCGAGGUACAACCCCGAACAGCCCAUCGACUAUGAGGGCUUCUGCCUCUUCAUGAAGACCUACCUGGAGGCAGAUGUGCCCGAGGAGCUUUGCCAGCACCUCUUCACUUCCUUCAAGCGUAAGAUAUGCCAAGCCUCCCCUGAGAGCCAGCACCAGAGCCCUAGUGUGCCACAGCACAGCACUCUCGGGAUCAAUGGGAAAACCCUUCGGAGUGCUCUGGGACGACACACCCCCGAGCCCAAGAGCGGCCACAGCAACACAGCUGAGCCACAGCCAGCAUCCCUCACCCUGGCAUCAAUCCCCAAUGCCUCCCCCAGCUGGUCCAGAUCAUCCUCCCAGAAAUCCACCACUGGCACCACCUCUGCUCACAACUCCUCAGGCUCUUCCAAGAUCUCCUCCGGGUCUCUGCUCAGCCCUCAGUCACCAGGCACGAGGGGCAUGGAGAAGAGGUUACCCUUCAGCCUGCGGAAAGGCCCCAGCUCCCUGAAAGCCACCCCACCUCCUCCUCCCACCCCCUUGGCCCAGGUGGUGCACCUGAAGGACAUUGUCUGCUACCUGUCCCUGCUGGAGAGGGGACGAGCAGAAGACAAGCUGGAGUUUAUGUUUCGCCUCUAUGACACCGAUGGAAACGGCCUUCUUGACAGCUCGGAGCUGGAUCGAAUCAUCAACCAGAUGGUGCACGUGGCCGAGUACCUGGAGUGGGACUCCACUGAGCUGAAGCCUAUCUUGAAGGCUAUGAUGGAGGAGAUCGAUUACAACCAUGAUGGGACUGUGACACUGGAGGAGUGGAUCCGGGGUGGCAUGACCACCAUCCCCUUGCUGGUCCUUCUGGGGAUGGAGACAAACGUGAAAGAUGAUGGGCAACAUGCCUGGAGGCUGAAGCACUUCAAGAAACCCGCCUACUGCAACUUCUGCCGCACCAUGCUGCUGGGGGUCCGCAAGCAGGGUCUCUGCUGCUCCUUCUGCAAGUACACGGUCCAUGAGAGGUGUGUGUCCAAAGACAUUGCUUCCUGCAUCAGCACCUAUGUCAAAUCCAAGAGAAACACAAGUGUAAUGCAGCACACCUGGAUCGAGGGCAAUUCACCUGCCAAGUGUGACAGGUGUCACAAGAGCAUCAAGUGCUACCAGGGCAUCACUGGCCUGCACUGUGUCUGGUGCCAAGUCACGCUCCACAACAAGUGUGCCUCCCAUGUGAAGCCAGAGUGUGAUGGGGGCCCACUGCAGGACCACAUCUUGCUCCCAUCCUACAUCUGCCCAGUUGUCCUGGACAGGCAGUCCCACUGCCGACGGUCGGAGAGUGACUCCCCUGCUAGCACCAGCCCCGAGGACAACCAGGGCUUCAAGUACAACUCCACCACAGUGGAUGGGCAAGUGCUGCAGAUCAGCCCUCAGCCCGGGACACACCCACUCCUCGUGUUUGUGAACCCCAAGAGUGGAGGAAGGCAAGGGGAGAGGGUCCUGCGGAAGUUUCACUACCUGCUCAACCCACGCCAAGUGUACAACCUGGACCGCGGCGGGCCCAUGCCAGGGCUGAACUUCUUUCGGGACACUCCAGAUUUCCGUGUGCUGGCCUGCGGAGGGGACGGCACGGUGGGUUGGAUCCUGGACUGCAUAGAUAAGGCAAACCUGGUGAAGCACCCACCGGUGGCCAUCCUGCCCCUGGGAACGGGCAAUGACCUCGCACGGUGCCUGCGCUGGGGAGGAGGCUAUGAAGGAGGCAACCUGAUGAAGGUGCUGAAGGACAUAGAGCACAGCACAGAGGUGAUGCUGGACCGCUGGCACAUAGACAUCAUCCCUACUGACAGGGAGGCCAACGGAGAUCCCAUCCCAUCCACUAUCAUCAACAACUACUUCUCCAUUGGGGUGGACGCCUCCAUCGCCCACCGCUUUCACAUCAUGCGAGAAAAACACCCUGAGAAAUUCAACAGCAGGAUGAAGAACAAGCUGUGGUACUUCGAGUUUGGGACAUCAGAGACCUUUGCAGCCACUUGCAAGAAGCUUCAUGACUAUGUUGAGGUUGAGUGUGACGGGACCCUGCUAGACCUGAGCACCACAUCCCUGGAGGGCAUCGCCGUCCUCAACAUCCCCAGCAUGUACGGGGGCUCCAACCUGUGGGGCGAGACCAAGAAGCAGCGUGGGUACAACCGGCUGGGCAAGAAGGUGCUGGAGAAGCCGCCUGGCACAGUGGUCACCGAUGCCAAGGAGCUGAAGUUCUGUGUGCAGGACCUCAGCGACCAUCUCCUGGAGGUGGUGGGGCUGGAAGGCGCCAUGGAAAUGGGGCAGAUCUACACGGGGCUGAAGAGUGCAGGGAAGAGACUGGCCCAGUGUUCCUCUGUCAUCAUCAGGACAUCCAAGCUGCUGCCCAUGCAGGUGGAUGGGGAGCCCUGGAUGCAGCCAUCCUGCACCGUCAAAAUUACACAUAAAAGCCAGGUGCCGAUGCUGCUGGGCCCCCCCCAGAAGAGCAGCUUCUUUUUCCUGAGGAGGAGAAACCGAGCUCGGGAUUAAAGCAUCAUCCCAGGAUCCACAACCUGGAGGCACUCAGCAUCCCAGCCACCUGCCUGAUGCAGGGGUCCCCAAAUCCCCAUCCUGUGGUGGGGACACAAACACCCCUCCAUGCCCAGUGGGGAUUAUUUAUCCUGGGAAGGUCUUGCAGGCUCCUUCCUGAUCACCAGAAGCAUCCUCUCAAGUUGGGAUGGAAGAAGGGGGAGAAGGGAGGCUGGCAUGCCGUGAGCACAUUUGCUGGAGCAGCACUAGGACUGGGAAUUUUUUUCCCCCCUUUAUUUAAAUACCUUCCAGCCAAGGUGCCAGUGAAUGUGCUCCUGAGGCAGUGCUAAGCUCCACUUAUUUAUUUAUCAUUCUCCUGAAGACCACUUGAUGAGUCACUGCACUGGUUUUCUGUCCCCCAAUCCUUGCAAUGGGAGCAAUUAUUUAUUUCCUUAGCCUAGAGAAGCCAUCUCAGCCACUCACCUCUGUGCUGUGGGGUUCAAGAGAGAUGCAAAGAACCACUGCUGCCAGCCCAGUGAGCCACGAGGUGGGACAGGCUGGGGACAGACAGUGCACAGGGACAAGCGUGGGGUGGAUGGGAGGAGACUGUGUUUUUACAGGGAAAGGGAAAAAAAAAAAGGGAUUUUGCAGGGAGCAGCCCAAGCUCUGGGCUUUGUGUCCAUAUUUAUGUAUUUAUUUAGCAAACUUUAGACGAAAAAGGGACUCUGGAGGUCACCUUUUUAAGAGCCCAGGUUGGACACAGACAUCACCUUCCUUCUCUGCUGGCUGUCUUCCAUGACACCUCCUUCCACAUGGACUUUUCCUCUCUCCUAAAGCCUGCCAGCCUGUGCUGGGGGCUGGAGAACCUGGGGACAGACAUCCAGAAGCUUUUCUCACUUGGAAGUGUCCCCAACAAUUUUACACAUCUCCUGAGGUGCUCUGCCAGGCUGGUGCUUUCCCUGUGUGACAGCUGCUGCCUCUGACGCUCCUGGGCUGCAGGGAGUGACUGCACCUCGGUUUCUGUAUGGCCAGCUCUCCCCACAACCCUCUCCAAAUCCAAGGAGCCUCACAGAAUCUGCUGUCCGCAUGGCUUCUGGAGCCCAUGGGGAUGCACAGGUUUUGGUGGCAUGGAUGGACAUAUGGGGGAUGCAGCUUCUCUCCAGAAUGCACAGGGACCAGAAAACAGAUGAAUGCAUGGAGUUUCUGAUGGUCUGAAUGUACUACCAGGAGCCAGGAGUUGGCAAGACUGGCCCAUGGGAAGCACUGCUGGUUGCUUCUGCAGUCACCCCCUGCCUCCAGCAGUGGGCCUGCAUGCAGGAUACCACCACACCCUGAAUCAGCCCUGCUUCCAGGCAGCUCCCUUGGGGCUAGUGGAGGCUCCUCUGCUGCUGGGAGCAGACUGGGAGCGGUGUGUGCCCCGUGGAUGUCACCACAGGCAGGGAAACUGUUGCUUGUGUCCUUGCUACAGGGCUGGGACAAGUCACCCUGUCCUCCCCAGUUUCCCAGAGCCCACCCAGUCCCUCCUGAUGCUGCAGGUCCCCAUUCAAUAGCAUUCCCCUGGCAGAGGGUGCUGCCAUCACUGUUCCAGAGUGAACAGUGAGCUGGAAGGGAACUGUUUGUGACCUGUGUACACAGGCAUGUGCCACCAGCAGGGCAUAAACCCACCCUCCUCCUCCUCCUCUUGUCCCCUAAGGUGUCCCCCAACAAACCCCAGGUCCCAUGAACCAGCUGCCUCCAUUUCCCCAGUCCAUUGCCAAUGGCAGCAGUGCCUCACGGCCCCACACUCAGGGAGGGUGGAAAAACCACCUCUGCCAUCUCCAGAGCUUUGCCAGCAGGAGGGUGACAGGUUUGUUCCAUGGGAUGGCAGCACACAAGGUCAACAGAUUUGGUUCCAUUUCCCUGCCCACUCAGCCUCAAUCCAGGGUUUUAUCUCAGAGCCUGUAUGGGAUCAGCAGUGGUUUUCCUGCUCCUUGCCCCCGUCACAGUUUGCUGAGCUCUGGGCAAAGAGCAGCACUGGGGUCUCUGCUGUGGUUUGCUAUCAGUGGUGGUGAAGCCAGGGGAGCAGGAGGGCAUUGUGUCUGUGCCUGCAUCUUUGGGUCUGGCAGUGCCAGAGCAGGUGAAAUCCAGGGGUGAACACUCAGCCACAUCCUGCAGGGCACAGGGAGCCCAGGGCCACUGCUUUGGGCCAGUGGGAUGGUGAUGGACCAGCACCAUGCUGCCAGGCUCCAACCCAGACUGAUGGCCAGGGAGAUGAUCCCUGCUACCUGUGCCAGGGGACCCAGCUCCAAUCUGCUCCCACACUGCCAAAGGCAUGGUUCAACAGGCCUGCCAGCUCCUGACCUCCUUUGUCUGAUGGUGCAAAGGUCCCGAGCCCAAGAGGGACCCACAGAAGCUGGGACUUCAGCCCAGCUGUCCCUGGCUCCAGGCAGGAAUAAGCCAUGCAGCUGAGGGGCACUCAAGGCCUUGAUCCCCCCCAUUCCCCAGUGUCUCCCAGUUCAUCCCAAGUGCAUGGGAUGGAACCAAAUCCCCAAACAAGCCCUUAGGCACUGGUGCUAGUGCUGCACUGGGGGACCCCUGAGAGCUGGGGAAUCCCAGUGCCACCGGAGCCUCAGCCUGCUACUCCCUCUGUGUGUGUAGCUGUGGUUGCCUGCAUGGAAUGGUGUCCGUAGCGUAGCACGUGUUGCCGUGUACACCUGGACUUCCGUGAGCUUGCCUCUAAUAAAGAUGCUAAUUAAC